AUGCACUUUUUCUGCUUUUUAUUUUCCGUGCUGCUGCUGCUGCUGCUGCUGCUCCGGCCAGAUACCGCUGCUGCUGUUGCAGCUGGAAAGGGGGUUCAAGGCCUCCUCUCGGGUGUACAUACACCUCAGAGGGCUGGGAGGAUACACGGGGUGCAGCAGUCAGCUUUCAUAACGCACUCUGCUGCAGCAGCAGCAGCAGCAGCAGCAGCAGCAACAGCAGCAGCAACAAGAGCAGCAGCAAACACAGCAACAAGAGCAGCAACAGCAGCAGCAGCAGCAGGAGGAGAAGCAGGAGAAGCCAGAGCUUAUCCUAUUUGGUCUCUAUCAGACCUUCCUUCUUUCGAUUCAUCUUUGGUGUCAGCAGCAGUAGCAGCAGCAGAUAAACACAAAGUGAGAGAUGUUGUUUGUUUUGUGCGUUGUGCUGCCUGGCAGAGAGCAGCAGAAGAAUACGAGCAAGAGCGGCUGCUGCUGCAGCGCAAGAGGGGGCCCCUUCUCUCCCCCCUAAACAAACCCGUCUCUCAGAGCCGAUGCUUCACACCCGACUACUUGUAUUAUAAUCAUACUGCGGGAUCCACCCCACACACGAUCCCAGCCACGACCCCACAACACUCGACCCCACAAAACUCGACCCCACAAAACUCGAUCCCAGAGGUGACCCCACAACACUCGAUCCCAGAGGUGACCCCACAAAACUCGAUCCCAGAGAACUCGAUCCCACAAAAGAAGAACCCAAAGAACUCGAUCCCAGCCCCACAUAACUCGAUCCCAGAGGUGACCCCACAAAACUCGAUCGCAGAGGUGACCCCACAGAACUCGAUCCCAGCCCCACAUAACUCGAUCCCAGAGGUGACCCCACAGAACUCGAUCCCGGAGAACUCGAUCCCGGAGAAGUCGAUCCCGGAGAAGUCGAUCCCAGGGAAGGGUAUGCAGAAGAAGAGUGAGGAUCUGUUGCGGGCUGAAUGGGAGGCGAUGAUCGUUGCUACUUGUUUGGGCCCCACACAUAUCGACUCGGUUGCUGAGACUCUUAUUCAGGAUAUGAUUAGGGGGUUCGGUCUUGGGGUUUAUAAGGGGAGAGACGGCAGAGGGAGCAGCGGCUGGGUGGUGUUGAACUUUGACCGGGUGUACUAA